AUGCUUUGUUCCCUACUGUUUAAACUGUCUGAAUGGCGGGUAGAAGCCAAAGAUAACAAUGAUGAUAGUAUCCAACGCAAGCGAUUUCUCGUCGAAUUGGAAUUCGUUCAAGCACUGGCUAAUCCACAAUAUUUAAACUUUCUAGCUCAACAUGGAUAUCUUAGAGACAGCGCAUUUAUCAACUAUCUCGACUACUUACAGUACUGGAAGCAACAAGAAUACGUCAAGUUUGUGAAAUAUCCGCAAUGCUUGCAUUUCCUAGACCUACUGCAAUCCGAGCACUUCAGACGGGAACUGAUUAAUAAUCCUUGUGCCAAAUUUAUUGAAGAGCAACAAUUGUUGCAUUGGCAGUACAAUACUCAAAGUAAGAUUAAAGCUGUUGUUGAAGCAGCACGGCAAAUCAAACAAGGUACGAUUCCUUUGACUUGA